GCGAGCACAUGGGGAUUCACAUGCGCGCGUAUCUCCUGAUGCUGCACCGCAUCCAUCCAUCCAUUCAUCCAUCACUGGCGCAGGACAUGCAGUCCUGAUUAUUCUGUUGGAGUCCAUGCAGCUCAACUUUGCUGCAUGUAAUGUGUUUACACUGUAUUCGUUACCGUUUCAGUCUGGAGCCUUGUGGGCAUCAGAUGGCUUUUGGACAACUCUGGUACAUGUUACUACACCAUCAUGCGUCGUGCGCUCAGACCUCUUAUUAUAGCCACAUGAAGACAUUGUGCUAAUAUUAAAACGUGCAUUCUGGAAACAAGCGGGGCGAAACAGGGAGGGAGCGACUAAUCGACCCGACUGCAGGUAUCCCAGUGUAAAAUGGAGGAUAGUUUUGAUUGCGACUGCGGUGAGCUGGAGCCGCCUGAUCAUUGAGAAGGAAACGUCUCACUGAGAUCACAACCCUUUUGCUUUCCACACAUCAGGUGCUCAAAACAGGAUAAGAAAAAAGUAGAUUUAACACCAUUUAGUUGGACCGCUAAUAAUGCUGCUACUCAGGGCCAGUCAUACACUGAAAAUUUCUGCACUGUGACGAUGGUUUUAUAGUUAGUGACUUUAAUUAUUUUGAUUUCUUUCAAAGAUAUUUCAUUGGCCUCCAAAUUCAUUCCAUUGUACCCCAUUAAACAUAGAAAUAAACAAAAAUCUCCAGUAAACCUAGUAAAAAGCUGCUAAAAAGUGUUGUGUAUGAUGACAACAUAUCUUGGCAACAUAUCCAAAUCAGUUCCCAGCAUCUCCCAAAAUACGCUGUUACAGUCGGUCGGGGAAAGCGCUCCAAUCUUUGGGUGCUUGAGUGCUCGUCACGUGUUUUUAGGUUUGUCUUUCUCAUCUAGCUCUAGUAGUUGCAAGUCAAGAUCGGUGCAUAUCAGAUAAAUCAGAAAUCUUUCCAGCUAUAACAUCUGCAAAGAGCUGCUUUUCUAGACAGCAAAAUGGCAGAGAAAUUUGAGAGCCUUAUGAACAUUCACGGCUUCGACCUGGGCCCUCGCUACAUGGACCUGAAGCCGCUGGGCUACGGGGGAAACGGACUGGUCUUUUCCGCUGUCGACACCGAUUGUGACAAGAGGGUCGCUGUGAAAAAGAUAGUCUUGACCGACCCUCAGAGUGUCAAACAUGCACUACGUGAAAUCAAGAUCAUCCGCAGACUCGAUCACGACAACAUCGUGAAGGUGUUCGAAACCCUCGGGCCCAGUGGCAGGAGACUUGCGGAGGACGUGAGCUCUCUGACGGAAGUCAACUCCGUGUACAUUGUACAGGAGUACAUGGAAACCGACCUCUGUAAAGUACUGGAACAGGGCUUGUUGUCCGAGGACCAUGCACGGCUGUUCAUGUACCAACUGCUGCGAGGACUCAAAUACAUUCACUCGGCAAACGUGCUUCACCGUGACCUAAAGCCUGCCAACCUCUUCGUCAACACAGAGGACUUGGUACUGAAAAUUGGGGACUUUGGACUUGCCCGCAUCAUGGACCCACACUAUUCCCAUAAGGGGCAUCUGUCUGAGGGACUGGUCACUAAAUGGUAUCGUUCUCCUCGUCUGCUCCUUUCCCCAAAUAACUACACCAAAGCCAUUGACAUGUGGGCCGCUGGGUGCAUCUUUGCUGAAAUGCUGACUGGAAAAACACUCUUUGCAGGAGCUCACGAGCUGGAACAGAUGCAGCUGAUUCUGGAAUCCAUUCCGGUCGUCCAUGAAGAAGACCGACUGGAGCUUCAAAGUGUAAUACCCGUCUUUAUCAGGAACGACAUGUCAGAACCACACACGCCGCUUGCCAAGUUACUGCCUGGUGUCAGCCCUGAGGCCUUGGAUUUCUUGGAGAAGAUCUUGACCUUUAACCCCAUGGACCGACUCACAGCGGAAGAGGCUCUUGCUCACCCAUACAUGAGCGAUUACUCAUUCCCAUUAGACGAACCAGUGUCAUCGCACCCCUUCCACAUUGAGGAUGAGGUGGAUGACAUCUUGCUCAUGGAUGAGAGCCACAGUCACAUCUACAACUGGGACAGGUACCAUGACAGUCAGUUCUCUGAUCAGGACUGGCACCUGCACAGCACCCAUGAAGUGGAAGAUGUGCAGCGUGAUCCUCGAGCUAUGUCAGACGGCACAGACGAGGAGGAGGUCCAGAUCGACCCUCGGAAAUACAUGGAUGGAGAGUGCGAAAAGUUCCUAGAGGAUCCAUCAUUCGACCUCCUCUCAGAGCACUCGUGGCAAGAGGAAGAUCACCACGAGAACAAGUACUGCGACCAAGAGUGCAGCUACACUUGCAACUACAAAGCGGUUUCCCCAUCCUACCUGGAUAAUCUGAUCUGGAGGGACAGUGAGGUGAACCACUACUACGAGCCCAAACUCAUCAUCAACAUCUCUAACUGGAAAGAACAACAGAGCAAAGAGAAGUUUGACAAAAAGGGCAAGAGCAAGUGUGAGAAGAACGGACUGGUCAAGGCCCAGAUCGCCCUCCAGGAAGCAUCUCAGAACCACAGCGUGGCCGAGAAGGACCGUGAACAAGAAAAACACCAGAACCACAACCAGGGCUUUGACUUUGACUCGUUUAUCGCCAGCACCAUCAAACUGAGCCUCCAGCCGGAAUCCGGUGACGUCGACCUCCUAAAUGAGUUAAACACCUCAGUUUCCCAACUGGACACUCGUGCUCCUUGCGGCUCCAUGUCCAAGUCCAUCAGUCAGGAAAAAGAAGAGAAGUGUCUAGUCAACCUGGCACAGCUUGGUGUUCGGACACCCUGUCCUUGGGAAAGUUUCACGGACACCGGCGUUGCCGAGAGCAGCCUGAUCGACGAGGCUUGCUGGGAUGUCCGCAAAGACGAGCAGCUCCAGAAGGAGAACAGCAGCUGCCAGAGCAGUUACCUAGACCGGCUCUUCAGCAAGCGGGAGGAGGCCGAGUCCGAGAUCCCGGAGCCCGUCGAGGUGCCUGCUCCGGAGGGUGACUUCAUAUCCUGUGGCGGCGAGAUAGUCUUUAACAUGCAGCUGGAGUCUCUGGCCAUUCCGGGGUUCGAAGGAGCGGCUGACAUUCCUCUGAAGUCCAUCCAGGCCACGCUAACGCCCUCUGCUGUUAAGCGCUCCCCACAAAUCGCCCAUAAAACCUACAGCAGCAUUUUCAAGCAUUUGAAUUAAAAAAAAAAAAAACCCUCCCCGUUCAAGCAGAGUCCA